AUGCAGAGCUGUGACCCAGUUCCCGAGGGAGACGAACCAAUCACGUUUUGCUUGUCCUCGUGUCUUCACACAGACGCCCGUGUGGUAGUCAUGGUGUAAAUGUUGUUAUUACUGUUUAAUCAGAUUUGAACCUGCACACCUCGGCUCACAAAUGAUCGAGAAGGGCAAAAGCAUGAAGUAUAAAUGGGGAACAUUAUUGAAGUCUGAUGUAUUCAGGAAAUGGCAUGAAUCACUCCUGUCUGAACACCUAACUGCUGCUUCACAAAUCACCGGUGGUAAAACUUCUCUCUUGUAAGUCUUUUGCUUAUAGGACGACUUAUAGAAAAUUAAUGAAGACGUAGAAAAAGGUGCAUAAUAUACUGUAAUGUAAAUGUAUACAUGUUGUCACCUAGAAUUCCUUUUUCUGCUUGCUGACAAAAGUGUUUGUUACAAUUUUUUCUUGUACGAUUUUCAUUUUCUUUUUUCUCUUUUGGACUUGCUUUUGUCACUCCAAGAAUAUUUGUUUCCAUAUAAGCAAACAAAGUUUGUUAUCAAUAUGCUAUCACCCAAAGUGACUUCUCUGAGUAGUAUUAUUGUAUACAUAUUUAUAAUAUGGACGUAUCCAUCUCAGAAGGAGUGACAAAUUUCAUCGAGGUGCGUUGACAAGGAAGGGAAACUGAAGAGUGAGCGGAAGAGUUCGGUGGAUCAUUAAAAAAAAUUCCAAAAAAACACAACACCCGGGAACCCUUUCGAAAAAAGGAAAAAUGGGAAGAGAAGAGAAAGAGAUAACAUUUCUGCAGUACGCCAUGGAGACAUCCACCAUUCAAGGUCCUGCCAAGAUCUGGACCGUACCCGUGGUGUUUCUUAAGCUGAUGUGGCUGCUGUUUCUUGGUAUCGCUACUGGCGUAAUGCUGUAUCAGCUGGUACUACUGUUUCAGCAAUACUUCCAAUGGCCCAUCCAGACCGAGGUGAGCCUGGGCUUCAGUCCUCUCUCCCUGCCCGCCGUCACCAUCUGCAACGCCAACGCCGUGCGACUGUCGCAGGCUUCCAAACUGUCCUGCUUCCUACAGGCUGCUCUGGACGUCCCUAGAAGCUAUCAAGAUCCGGUCUGUCUUGAUGGCAAAGCCCAGCUGAAUGGGACAUACGAUUUUUCGCACCUUGCAUGCGACGGGGACUGUGAUGGCAGCUUGGGUAACUCCUCCAUAAAGCAAUUCAUAGCAAAUGUGGGAUUUGCCAAAUCAUCUAGGGAGUCUCUGAAAGAAGUCGGACAUCAAGCUGAAGACAUGAUUCUGGACUGUUCCAUCGCAGGACGAAGCUGUGGAUACAGAAACUUUACGCACUCUCUGUCAUACGACUACGGUAACUGCUUCACUCUGUCACUUCCUAACAUAAAAAUGACCAGAAGCGGACCCCUGCAAGGUCUGUUCCUGGAGCUGAACAUCGAGUCGGACGAGUACCUGAGCACUGAGGACGCCGGGUACGGUCUGCGCGUCGUCCUGCACCCGAACAGCACGCGACCCAACCCCUCCAACGGUGGCUUCACGGUUGCCGCUGGCUCAGAGGUCUUCGUGGGACUCAGAAUGGUAAAUGUCAGCAGCCAAAGCGCACCUUACGGUUCUUGUGAUGAUGGUGAAGAAUACAGACAGAAAACUGGCAACGUAUACACGAUUGAGGGCUGCCGUGAUUUCUGCAUUAAAACAGCCAUUUUGCGAAGCUGCAAUUGUACUCCAGUGCAAGAUGAUUUUGCCAUUGUCUCAAACGACUCUUUCUGCAGCACAGCAGAAGAUUAUGCCUGUAUGAUUUCAUUUUAUGUUGAUUAUUACAACGCUCUCAACAACGGGAUGGACAGGUGCACCUGUACUAAGCCAUGCAGUGAAUCUGUUUACCAAGCCAUGAUUACAAGUCGGACCUGGCCUUUGUUUGAUCAACUGAAACAGCUUGAAACUUUCACCUGUGAGAACAACCCAGACAGCCCGAAGUGUAACUACUCGAACGAAAACUUCACCUUUGAUACCUACGAACUACGCAGGUCUUCGUUCAUGAGACUACAAGUAUACUACGAACGACUGAACUACGAGAUCGUCACAGAGAAGCCAGCAUAUGAGAUCGAAAAAUUUCUCUCUGACAUUGGCGGCACCCUGGGCUUGUGGAUCGGAGCGUCGAUGCUGGGACUCGGCGAGCUUCUGGAGCUGGUCAUCCUGCUGCUCGUGCGGUGCCACAGGAACGGUAUCACGGGAAAUAAAAUCCACGUCUCAACGAUGUGACUUCUCUACAUCCGGGCUAUCUGUCCGGAAAAUCUUCUCGUCUGUUCUCGUCGAACUUGCAUGUAGUGCAGAUGAAUAAAUCAUAAUAUAGAUAUUGUUGGAUUUUUUUUAAGUUGCGUCUCCCCUGUUUUUUUUUCAAUUUCAGUUUUAAAACUACAUUCAGUCUGACUGUCUUUCUUAUCUGGAAGGUUCCAUCCAGUAUGUCAUUCAAGACAAUCUGAAUGGCCUGAUUCAACGAUGGUACCACUGGUAAAACAUCUUAUAUCAUAAAAAGUAAAAUAAGCACGUUUCGGAGGAAUGUUUACAAACAUAGAUUAUAACUUCUCGUAGCCGAAGGAACACUGAACUGGCUCUACACCAAUCUGACAUGAGCCACUAUACUUCGGCAGUGCGGUUUUCAAUACGUGAGUUGAAGCGUUUUCACUAAAUUUGUGAAAAACUGUUUUUCUUCAUGCAAUUUUCAGCUCAAUGCUUAGUUAGUGCUGCGAAUGAAGUCUUUAGACAGUAACAUGCUUUUGAAUUUAAUCUUGUUAAAAAAAAAUUUAAUUCAGUAUUCUAAAUGGAACAUCGAUCAAUCAAGAUGGCGGAAGCGCCGACAACUACGUUUCGGACUUCGAACCAGCCUUCUCCAAAAUAAAGUGCAGUCAAGGGGAGAAAAGAACCAACACAAAAAUAUACCUUUAUCGUUAGUUCCCCUUAUCGGCAGAAUUUUUUAAGCCCGGUCUAAUGAAGCAGAGAAACCGUGGUUGCAGACGACAGAUACGUGUCCCAGUGCACUAACCAUUGGCAACGCCUUGUCUUAUGAAGCAGACGUGCUAAGAGAGAGAGAGAGAGACUGAGAUGAAAACUAUGUGGUUCCCUAGUGCCCCUCUUCGUUGGUACCUUAGUGCGUAUUUAUAUUUUGCUUAAUGGUUUAUCCAGAGUUGAAUGGUCUCGA